ACGGCCAUUUAUAUCUUCCCGUUCUGGCUUCACUCUCUUGCGCUGCAAGUCUGCUUUCUAGGGUUUCUCCGUCACCAUUUUCGAUAGGAUUUUCUCUUCCUGAUGAGUCGGCAGCCAGAAGUUUUGUGGGCGCAGCGAUCGGAUAGGGUUUAUCUGACGAUAUCUCUGCCGGAUGCCAAAGAUGUCUGUGCUAAGAGUGAGCCGGAGGGUUUCUUUAGUUUCUCAGCGAUUGGAACUCAUGGAGAGUCCUAUUGCUUUAACUUGGAGCUCUAUGACUCGAUUCUUCCUGAGAAAGGAAAAGUCCAUAUUGGAUUGCGCAACAUUAUCUGUUCCAUCCAUAAGGAGAAGAGAGGUUGGUGGAAGCGACUACUGAAAUCGGAGGAGAAACCUGCUCCAUAUAUCAAGGUUGAUUGGAAUAAAUGGUGUGAUGAGGAUGAAGAAUCUGAACAAUCUGAUUGGCCUGCUUCCGACGAAGACGAUCAUGGGGAUGAGGGAGACGAAAGCGAUGACGAAAAUGGAUUACUCUAUCUACCAGACUUGGAAAAGGCCAGGGGGAAAUAGAUAAAUCUCAAUAGUUGGUGCUGCUAAUUUGGCACUCUUUUGUGGUACGGCACAUAUACCAGAUAAGGAACAAAUGCUGGAGCGGAACGGGAGUUUCGUUAUAUGGGUUGAGGGUGUGGGGGCAACGACCCACAGUACGGUAUAUAUAUGAUGUAUUGUAACCCUAAGAGCAUAUUGUACUCAUUUUCCCGAAUUAAAAAAAAAGUCAC